GACAGCGUGCCAACCAGGCAACACGUGGGCCAGUGUUUUGUUCCUUUGGAGCAGCGCUUCAACAAGAGGCCUUGCACAUGGUCUAUUGUGAAAGACUCCAGAGAGAUUGGCUUCAUCACUUGCAGGUUUUGCUUGGGCACCACGCCAGCUCCUGUCCGCAGCCUGCACGUGGUGAACGCCUCCAGGGCCGACGAGCUUCGCCUGGCCUGGGAGCCGCCAUCCAGCGACGGCGACCUUCCUUUGCGUGGGUAUCGUAUUGAGGCACGAGAGCCCUCCACAAGGAUUUCGGCGGCGGGGUUCCCUGGCGAAGGCUUUCUGGAUGAGCCCAGGACAGCCAGCGCUCCAGCUUUGCAAGACCCAUCUGUCACGCUCAAAAACUUAUCUGGCAACACAGUUUACACAAUCCGUGUUUGGGCUGUGAACGAGGCCGGUUCCGGGCCAGCUGCUGAGGUUCUUGGGCAGACGGGCCCAGUGGCACCAGGACUUUGCGGGGAAGCGCGGAUUUCCGUGGAGGGGGAGCCCACAGAGCCAACAGCCUUGAGUAUCGAGUGGGAGCCCCCAAUCGAAAGUGGCGGGGCUGAUCUCGUUGCUUACAGGAUUUGGUUGCGGCCAGUCUUCCAGGACGGCUUGGGAGGCUUCUUUCCAGCUGAUGGCUUCAUUGACCUGGGGCUAUUCGAACAUAGGGGCUCUCGGACGCAGAAAGCGCCGGUGAAGCUUGACCAGUUGCCUUCCUGCUCUGGGGCAGUUUGCAGUGUGGCUGCCAUCAAUGCGGCAGGUCUCACUGGCUGUGCCUCAGAGGCUCCAGUGGUGUGGGCCAGCAACAUGGACCGACAGAAGGAGAUCUUCGAGUUAG